GGUAAACUGCGCACCCAGAAGAGUGGGGAGAAGAAGAAGAAGAAGUAGAAGAGUAGUUCAGGUUUAAAGUAUGCACUGAGACAGUAAGUGUGUUGGAUUUAGAGUUGGAUUUAUUCCUUCUGUACCGUCUGAGGAGGACUGAUGGUCUUCUUCAAACUAUUCCAGGAUGGAAACCAAGCUGAGCUCCUGGACUCCUCUGAAUCAUCCUGUGUCCAACAGUAAGGUGUUUGCAGAGAGACGGAUCCUUCUGUCAAAGUGGUUUGACCGGUGGUCUGACGGCCAGAGGAAGGCGCUGCUGCAGGACUUGGUGCUGAGAUGUUCCAUGGAUCAGCUCCGGUUCCUGAGCCUCAGUGUGAGCAGACAGCUCCCCCUACAGGCCGCAGACUUCACCUGCCUGCUGCCCAGAGCCCUCAGCCUCUUCAUCUUCUCCUUCCUCGACCCUCGCAGCCUCUGUCGAUGCUCCCAGGUGAGCUGGAUCUGGAGGAGCAUGGUGGAGCUGGACCAGCUGUGGAGGCCCAGAUGUGUGAGGCUCGGCUGGAGCAUCGGCUUCACCCCGACUCCCUUCGAGCAGGGAGUCUGGAAGAGGCUCUACGUCCAGAAGGUCCAGGAGAUACGGAUCACUUCACUGCAGCAGCAGUUUGUGCUUCCAGAUGUUGCAGCAGUUCAAUCUGAAGAGCCACCAGAUGAGUUCUUCACCAGCGAGGAGCCUCCAGAAUCCACCAAUCAGAGGCCUGGAAGCAGCUCCAGGUCAGGAUUAAAGAAAGAGAAGCAGCUUCCACCAUGGAGAGACUCUGACAGACGACCCAAAGACACGAUCCGGUUCAACUACCUGGACAACCUGGAGCCCGUCCAGCUGAGAGCGCAGAUGAAAAGCAGAGUGAAGCCAGAUGACGUGGAGAAAAGAAAAACACUGUCUGAGGCCAACUACAAACUCCGCAAAGCCAAAUCUCUGAUGUUCCUCAGCUCCAACUGCAAACCCCACCACCUCCCAUCGCCUCCUCAUCUUCAGACCCAAACUCGCCCCCUGUGGGCAUCUCCCCCUCCAGACCACCCCCUCACCCAGCAGACCUCCAGCAGCCUCCUCCGUCUGGCCCAGUUCAAUGCUGGGAUCCGUCCGAGGCCGGUGAGGACUCCGGUGCCCCAGCUGAGCGUGGAGGCGCUCAGGGCGUCCCAGCGAUCUCACAGGAGCGUUCCCAGUACUCCACUGUUUGACUUCCAGCCCUGGACUGCUUCUACGUUACACAAACAAGAGAAGAAGUGAAGUCUAACGCCCCCACAUGGAGGACCACAGAACUGCAGCCUGUGUGAACAUCCCCAGCUAUUUUAUGAAGGAUACUUCAUAUUUUACUUUUAAUACACAGUAUAUUCUACAUGAGCUGUGAUGUUAUCAGCCUUGUUUUUCCCAGAUUAGGUAAAAAGAAGCCAGACUUCUCCUUUAAGGUCCGGUUGCUUUUUACUGAAGCCGUAAACUCACUCAGACUCGUUUUUAUAUCUAGAAUGCAUCUAAAAUAUUUGAACUGUUUUGCUGAAUCAUGGCGCUUGUUUGCUUGUUUUUUUUUACAGAUUAUGUUUUUGAAUUUAUGAAAAAUGAAAAUUGGCUGUACAAGACAAAAUUGUCUCGUCUUUU